AAGACCAUUUUCAACCCAGCGCCGGCCAUUCCAGACCUGGAUCCCGAUUUCUACAGAGCCUCCGAUGUGUUCUGCUGUAAUGAAUCAGAGGUGAGAUAUAUAGACAAUGUGAAGCAACACACACAUAUUUCUGAGACGCAGUACCAAGCACUGAAGCCUGCAGUUAAAAAACCUUAUUCCCUCCCUCUUUGACAACCAUUUGAUUGUAUUCUCAGGGUCACGGCCCUGUACAUCAGUAGCAUAGCAGCUGCCUCAGAAGGAAGUAACCCCUUCUGGCUUGAAUGGAAAAGAUGAUUCCAUCCCUCUAUUCCUCCCCUCCCUCCAUUUACGGUAAAGGGUGUUAUGGAGCCACCUUAGCCUCACACCUCCACUGUCAGAGAUGACAGAUGGGGAUUGAUGGGAAACAUAGUUAGAAACAACAACAGGGCAGAUAUGUUGAAAGAGUGAGCCAGAUUCACCCCCGGGGUAACACAGAGGUGAGUUUGCCCAGAAAUGUAUCUUAGAGACUUUGAUGUGGUCGGGGGCUGCUUUCCAGGUGGGUACUUGAAAGCGAGAGUUGACGAUGAAGCCAACCGUCUGUCUUUUUCUCUUGUACGUUUGAGUGUAAGACACACACACUCAUUGCGUUCACCCUCUCACCGCUGCUCAUAUUUCAGUCAAGGCAGUGAAAUGAUUCACUCUCCAGAGCACGCAAAUGGGCUCCUCCAAUGAGUAAGAAGACAGACAGCUCUUUUUCUUAUUUGGUAGCCGACCAGAACAGGGUGGCACCAGGGACUACGAGCACCAAUAAUAUACUUUGUGUAGUUUAUUUUUCAACUGUCAAGGUAUUGUUGGCUUUGAAGCUUCAUAGAGGAUGAAUUGAAAGACAUUUACAUUUACAUUUUAGUCAUUUAGCAGACGCUCUUAUCCAGAGCGACUUACAGGAGCAGCCUCCGUUUGUGUUUCGUGUCAGUGGUAGUGGUGCCCUGAUCCCCCACAGAGUGGGGAGCUAGCUGAGAUCACUGUCUGGGCAGGUGUGGAGGCUUGACAGACAAGAUGGACACCCAGUCCUCAUCUUAAACCCCUACCCUUUUGUGUGUGUGUGUGUGUGUGGUCUGCCAGUGCCAUGCUGGACCUUGAGGGGGGCUGAAGGAUGACAAAGUGCAGGCACUCUUUGAUCCACAGCUCACAUAGCAUGUUGACGUGUUUAUAGUGAUGGGAAUUAGCAUCGCUGUCCAUUAAGGACCUCACACUAACUAGCUGCUAUAUAAAUCAAAUCAAAUUGUAUUUGACACAUGCUUCGUAAACAACAGCUGUAGACUAACAGUGAAAUGGUUACUUACGGGCCCUUUCCCAACAACGCAGAGAUAGCAUAAUAGAAAGAUAACGAGUAAUAUAGUUGCUGGAUAGGUAGGGAAGAGUCAGGUAAGUCGCGCCAAAGGGUUAGUUGAGCCUAGGAAACUAUACACAAAUGUGUCCCAAUGCAAAAUUAACCCAAUUCCCAGGAUAAGUUGUGCCAAGAGACCACUUUUUUUUGACAAGCUAUGUUUUCAAAAUUGUUACAUUGACAUGAAUUCUGACUAUUUCCAGGGAUACACAACAUCCUGAAAUAUAUGUAAAUGCCGGCUUUUGGCCCCCAAAAAAUCAAUGAAAAGCCGAUAAAUACAAUUGUUGCCGGCCAUCCAAUCCGUUGCAAAAUACUUUUUAUUCGUUGAUGGAAAUACCAGUUGAUGUGCUCCAACUUCAAAGGCAAAAAUACUUCAUAGGCUAAUAAAUCCUGAAGCUGCUUGGAAAUGAGUGUUGGGUGUGUGUGUUUCUAUUUUUACUCACGCAAAAGAAGCAAGGUCCUCAUAAGCGACUUCAGCUAAGUGUACCCCGACUGGGAAAAUUUUGCGAAGAUUGUGUUGAUUAUCCCUGUUUCCAGUGUGCCCGCCGAGAAGGGAUUCUUUCUCCAAAACAGAGUAAAGACGGCCUCAACAUCGUGCCUUCUUGAGGACAAAGUAACGAGGUUGAUGCGCAAGGUACUCCAAGGAGUUGGACAGUUUUGACUUCCCAACAGCAGCGGCUCACUUUGAACAGGCUAUGGUCUGCCGCAAACACAAGUAAUGAGAGGCCUAAUUAUUGUGUUCGUCAGGCCCAGUCCUAGCAGUUCUGCUGCCGCCCUGGGCUAGAUCAACAUAUGCCACCCCUGUGUCCUGUAUACUAUAAAGAUUAGGAAUGGAUUGAGACUAGACUAGAGUAAUGAUGUGUAUCAUGUGCAAUUGGUGUAUUUCAGUUGGGCUUACUCUGUAGCACUUGGAAACAAAACAUUGUUGACAACUACUCACAUCGGAGAGUUACAAUGUUGCAAUCACUAGGCAACCAACUGCAUAUAGUAGGAAACAGAGUUGUUAUCAACAAGCCACAUAUAUCACACACGACACGAGUCUCAACCCCAAGAUAGUUCAAAUUACAUUUAUUAACAUCAUUCAGUAGAACUGUAAAAGGAGUGAGAUAUAUUUUGAGCUUUUGAAACAAGUGCUUUCAUAAAUGCAUGGCGCGGGCCUCGUUUCACAGGAGCAUUGUAAAAUAAGCUUUCAAUGAACCAGCCUUAACAAAUUUCAUUUAUUUACAUAUCGAAUUUGAUUGUCCAACAUCAGUUUUAUAAUUUCAUUUUGUGGCUGCCUCGAGUGUCCUCUUUCCACUGCUGUGGUGCAGAAUCGCAGCAGGAAUGGGGAGUGGGGCUAGAAGGGAUCCAGCUUUUAUAUUAACAUCAAACAUUUUGAAAAAGUGCAUUUUAGCUAACCAUAACCCUUUUCCUAACCUUAACCUACUUCUCCUAACCUAUACGUUAAUUAUCCUAACCUGCUGCGUAAGUUCUCCUAACCUGUUACGAAAUGUCAAAUCUGAUGUUAAUUUGACAAAAGCUGGAUCCCUUCUAGCCAUGACCGGCCGGCCCUGGUGUUCGUAGACAGCCAUGUUUUUUUAUUUAUUAGGCCCAAUUAAAAUGUUAAUGCCUAGGCUAAAUUAAAGAGGCCUAGAUUGUAUUUGAAAACAGCUGUGUUUUGUUAUUUAUUAAUUCACAUUUUCAUAGAAAUAGCGUAUAGGACAGGUCAUUCACAAAUUGUGUUAUACAAAUAUAUUUUGAAGUUGUGUUUUAUUACUGUGUAGGCGACUUGUUCUUCUAGGCUAAAAUGUUUUUUUUAUUUUAAAUUAUAUUAAUUUAUGAUUUAUAGCAGGGAUGAAGACGGAACGGGCAAUGUUUUGCUUUUCAAUAAAACCUGUCAUGUUGGUAUAAGAGCAUCGUUCCAAUUUAUUUUAUUACAACUUCACAGGCCUAUUCUAUUUUGUUGCGUCAAUCUAAGUAACAUAAAAAAAAUCCACAUCAAAAUCCGUCAGUUCAAGCUAGAGAUAUCAGCUGCGUCUCAAUCCACCGUAUCCGUCUAUUCUGCGGUGGAAGGUGGCCGAGCUACAACAGUGUUUGUCAGACCGAGACUUCCCGAAAAUCGGUCUUCUCAUGAAAACGUACGUAGCGACCGAACGGUUUAGCCUAUUAUGACCACUCUAUGGAAAGGGGAGACUCUCACGAACACGAUGGUGAUUUUCAUUUUGCGUUACGACGGGACCGUUUUGCUCUAUGACGGGUUUCCUUCAGACAGGACUCGUCUGAAGGUAACCCAUAGAAACGAAUGGAAGUAUUAUUUCAGCUUUUAUUUAUUUCAUCCCAUUCCCAGUGGGUCAGGAGUUUACAUACACUCAAUUAGUAUUUGGUAGCAUUGCCUUUAAAUUGUUUAACUUGGGUCAAACGUUUCGGGUAGCCUUCCACAAGCUUCCCACAAUAAUUUGGGUGAAUUUUGGCCCAUUCCUCCUGACAGAGCUGGUGUAACUGAGUCAGGUUUGUAGGCCUCCUUGCUCGCACACGCUUUUUCAGUUCUGCCCACACAUUUUCUAUAGGAUUGAGGUCAGGGCUUUGUGAUGGCCACUCCAAUACCUUGACUUUGUUGUCCUUAAGCCAUUUUGCCACAACUUUGGAAGUAUGCUUGGGGUCAUUGUCCAUUUGGAAGACCCAUUUGCGACCAAGCUUUAACUUCCUGACUGAUGUCUUGAGAUGUUGCUUCAAUAUAUCCACAUAAUUUCCCUUCUUCAUGAUGCCAUCUAUUUUGUGAAGUGCACCAGUCCCUCCUGCAGCAAAGCACCCCCACAGCAUGAUGCUGCCACCCCCGUGCUUCACGCUUGGGAUGGUGUUCUUCGGCUUGCAAGCAUCCCCCCUUUUUCCUCCAAACAUAACGAUGGUCAUUAUGGCCAAACAGUUCUAUUUUUGUUUAAUCAGACCAGAGGACAUUUCUCCAAAAAGUACGGUCUUUGUCCCCAUGUGCAGUUACAAACCGUAGUCUGGCUUUUCUUUGGCGGUUUUGGAGCAGUGGCUUCUUCCUUGCUGAGCGGUCUUUCAGGUUAUGUCGAUAUAGGACUUGUUUUACUGUGGAUAAAAUUACUUUUGUACCCGUUUCCUCCAGCAUCUUAACAAGGUCCUUUGCUGUUGUUUUUUUGUUUUUUUUAGCUGUUGUUCUGGGAUUGAUUUGCACUUUUCACACCAAAGUAUGUUCAUCUCUAGGAGACAGAACGCGUCUCCUUCCUGAGCGGUAUUGACGGCUGCGUGGUCCCAUGGUGUUUAUACUUGCGUACUAUUGUUUGUACAGAUGAACGUGGGACCUUCAGGCAUUUGGAAAUUGCUCCCAAGGAUGAAGCAGACUUGUGGAGGUCUACAAUUCCUUUCUGAGGUCUUGGCUAAUUUCUUUUGAUUUUCUGAUGAUGUCAAGCAAAGAGGCACUGAGUUUGAAGGUAGGCCUUGAAAUACAUCCACAGGUACACCUCCAAUUGACUCAAAUGAUGUCAAUUAGCCUAUCAGAACCUUCUGGAAUUUUCCAAGCUGUUUAAAGGCACGGUCAACUUAGUGUAUGUAAACUUCUGACCCACUGGAAUUGUGAUACAGUGAAUAAUAAGUGAAAUAAUCUGUCUGUAAACAAUUGUUGUUAAAAUCACUUGUGUCAUGCACAAAGUAGAUGUUCUAACCGACUUGCCAAAACUAUAGUUUGUUAACAAGAAAUUUGUGGAGUGGUUGAAAAACAAGUUUUAAUGACUCCAACCUAAGUGUAUGUAAACUUCCGACUUCAACUGUAGGACAGACACUUCCAAACCUUAUUCCUUAUUCCUUUUUUUGACAUUUAUGAAUGUUAUUAAAUGCGUUUCUAUGGGCUAUAGUAGUAAAGGGCAAACUCAAUAUUUUAUCAAAUCGUUUUUUUUUUAACUUUUUUUUUAUACCUAAAGACCUCCUAAAAUUAAACAUCAAAUAGCGAAAUGAUCCAUGGUAUGACCAUCUAAAACAAUUCCAUAUAUUAGCUAAACCCCCCCCCCCCCAACGGCUUAGACUUUUAGAGGUUAAGAUUAAUUACAAGAUGAAUUACAAUAAUCUAAAUGUGAUUUUGAGCACCGUGGGUGGACUUCCUAAUGCUUUACGCACUCAAUGCAUAUGUAUGUCCGGUAAAUUUCUCAAAUGUCCGGUAAAUUAAAAUCUUGCCGGUUACGUUGUCCGGCGCCAAAUUUUCCAAACGGAAACCCUGGACAGAAUACUAUAUUUCUCUUCACGUAGUGAUUCUGAAUGUAAAAAAUGGCUCAACAUACUCCACUCUCCCCUAUACAUCCCAAAGAAUGAUUUAGAAAGAAAAUGUCUGUACCUCUUUUUGCUCGGUCUAGUGUAUAUCAGCUCCCAAUAGAAGUUGCCCUCAGAUCAGUGACUGAGAAGAAUGUAAAACUGAACUAAUAGGGAUUUAUGAAGUGAUUUCGCAAGUGCUCAAAGUGCUUUAGGCCUACAUUGUAAGGAGAACUAACCUAACCCAUCACCAAUGUGCUGCACCCUCCUGGGUGAUGCACACCCAAACACUCAACAUACAUAGAUUUUCACUUUGAGGUGGGACAGUUGUCUGUUGCUGGCUCAAAUCCCAGGCCACACAUAAUCUCUAACACAUCUCCCUGGUGGUCUCCACAGGCAGAGCUGCUGACGGGGGCGGCCGUGGCGAGUAUAGAGGACGCCGGCCAGGCCGGACAGGAGCUGCUGAGGCGAGGCUGCAGCUCGGUCAUCAUCACCCUGGGCUCCCGGGGAUGCGUGGUGCUGUCGGCACAGGAGCCCUCAUCCCCGUCGCACCACGUCCCCACCAAGCCGGUGACAACGGUGGAUACC